AUGUUUCGGCUGCGAGAUUAUACCGAUUACUAUUGGGGAGUCGGUGUCAAUGACUUCGAUUUCUACUUCGAUGCACAUGAGUAUCCUGAUGAGAAAGAGUUUGGAUAUAAGGAGCUGCCUGGUUUCUUGGGAAAUCCGCUUUACAAGCAUCCUAAGGCUUUCCUCAACAUCGAUUACGACAAGACAGUCACUGUUCGCAAAUUUUCGUUGAUGGUAUUGACAAACACCUCAUGA